GCUCAGGAGGAAACGCACGCUGGUCUUUGAACAGCUGAUUGGCUCCUGUUUUGGCGACCCCACUCUGAGAAAAAAAAGGAAUCCAUCCCAAAAUGAACUUGUCGUACUUGGUGGCUUGUGGACUUUUGGUGACGCUGCUUUCAGUGAGGAUUGGAGCGAAACCUUUAUCUCAAGCGCAGCAGAAGUCCUUAAGAAGUUUGCUUGGAGAGGAGCUGGCCGAGUUUCUGGAGUCUGAGGAGAGGGACCGGCGGAUAGAAGCUGUGCGCUCUCGGAUACGGUUACUGCGUGAUUUACGCAUGGACACCCGGGCCAGAGGGAUGUGGGCUCGACUCCUCAACGACCAACCCACACCGAGGAGGCAUAAACCUGGCACCAAGAAAGGUGCCUCGUCGUCGAGGAGCGGCUGCUUUGGACACAAGAUGGACAGAAUAGGAACCAUCAGUGGGAUGGGCUGCUAGUGUUGGUGGCAGUUGUGGGAUGAUUUCUGGACGAUAGGUCAGAACAACAUCGGUUUGUUCUCACCUGAGGGGGAAAACUCACCGGAUUUUCGGUACGAAAGUCACCAUGACCAGCAUAAACAGAGACUGAGAUGACAACGCUACAGCUCCCCUCAUACACAUGCAGUAUAUACGACGAAUAUGCAGGCGCACAUACAUAUGUGUACCUAACAACACCAGAUGCUCACCACAUGCCGAACGACGACGUAAAAAUAACAAAAAAAACAAAACUGCAAUGCUGUAAAUUGUUGCUGCUGCUGCUGUACAUCCAUGUACUUCAUCUUCCCCUGCAUAAAUGUAUUUAUGUUUAAAAAAUACUAUUUAUAUGUUUAUAAAAAAGAGAUAUUUAUAAAUAUGAGUUUUAUUUAUGUAACAUUUUGAAAAUGGAUGCAAAA